GGUAGAGGUCGGAGAAAUGCUGAGGAUACUCUUCUGCUUUAAACUCUGCAAAAACUAGUAUGUAUAGUAAGUAGUUUGGCUUAUAGUGGAUAUCUCCUGGUAAAGGAUGUCCCUGGUAUUUGUACAUAAAAUGAAUUCAUGUAUUAAUGCAUAGAGAGAUAGAUAGAAUCCCAGUCAUGGAAUCGACUCUGAUUCUAUGUAGACCCAUAAAACAAAUUUCCCCCCUAUUUUAACACAAAUUGAGAAAGCUAAUAAUUAUACACAUGGAAUUGUAGCAGACUUUUAUUAUGAAGUGGGGGAAAAAAAACUUUAACAUCACAAAUAAAGACGAGGUCACUUAAAGAAACCAUGAUUCCAUGAAGUCGGACCUGAACAUUAAUCUCCAAGUUUAUAUUAUUUCUUUAUCUAGAAAUAAACGCUUAGUCAUAAACACAGCUGCUUGUAUGGAGAAAUAUGAAUAAAGGUUUCAUGAACAUGUCAAAUAGUCACGCUAGUUAAAGUUAGGACUAAACCAUUUAGCGGGGGUGAUGGACGGUACCAUUCUAAGUGAUAAUAGGGCCCAUAAUAAUACGCCGACUUAAAUAUGGAUUCAUCUGCAGGGAGGACGUGUUUUGGAGAAAUCGGCUUCUGGUCCGAGCGAACGCCGGUGCAUGAGGCUGCAUCUUUAGGACAGGUUGAAAAGCUCCAGCUUCUGGUUGAUAGUGGAGCUUCAGUGAAUGCAGCGACAGUCGACAACAUGACCCCGCUUCACGAUGCCUGUAUACAGGAUCACUCAGAGUGCGUUCGAGUCCUUCUGAAUGCUGGUGCACAGGUGGAUGUACGGACUAUUCAUGGUAGCACACCUCUGUGCCAUGCGUGUGCAGCCGGCAGUGUGGAGAGUGUGAGACUCCUCCUGGACCAUGGAGCUUCAGUGAAUCCCUCCCUCACAGCCCUCACUGCCUCCCCUCUGCAUGAGGCCUGUAUACGAGGAAAUCCAGAAUGUGUGAAGCUGAUUAUAUCGAAAGGGGCCCUGCUGGAGGCUUUUGACAUCCACUUUGGGACGCCGCUGCACACCGCCUGCGCUAAAGCACAUCUGGAGUGCGCUUUGCAGCUGCUCAAUGCAGGUGCACGUGUAAACGCCACAAAGUUCCAUGAAACGGCUCUGCACCAUGCAGCAAGAGUGGACCGGACGGACCUGAUUGAGCUACUGGUGGAGUUUGGUGGAGAUAUUAAUGUCAGUGACAACCUGGGACGCAAACCGAUAGAUUACACAACCCCUGGAUCCACUUCUCACGUCUGUCUACAGCAUUAUGAGACAGCUGAGUCGUAUCACACUGAGGCGUGUCCUGGGCACCAGAGCGCUGCAGGUCAUCACCAAGCUAGACAUCUCACAACGCUUCAUCAGCUACCUCUGUUACAAAAAAUACAGCUAAACAAUGUUAUGAGAGUUUGUGUUAGUGUGAAAACUGCAAUAAUGGCUUCAGGUUCAGGGGGAAAAUGCUCGACUAAACAUUUUUAUGCUGUGACCAGCUGCUGGUUGUCUUUAAAUAUGCUGCAAGAAAUAUUUUCCAUUGUCUUUUGAUGCGUUAAUCAAACUGUUAUAUAUAAUGUGCAGAACAUUUGAUUUAGUUUUAUGUUCAUUAGAUAAAUAAGUAUGUAAACUCUGUGGUUAAUGUAUACUUUGUGCCAAGGUAUUGCAGUGCUGGAUUCAGCAAGUCCUCCAAAGAUGAGGAAACUUGUCUUUGUCUCUUUCUGCAUAUUUUAAGAUGUUAUGGAAAAGAAAAUUUACUUUCAGAGUGUUGUAUAACUGUGAACUUUUAUUCAGCUUCCAGGUUAUCUUGCCCCUUUUUGGUGUCUUUCAAAUUACUUAAUACAUUAAUGAGGCACAUUCAAAUAAAUGAACCAGAGAUCAAUUUGAGCUGUAAUAUUUAGGAUAUUCAACAGAACAACUAGUACAUAUAACAAUUCUGUUGAUAGAUAGACUGUAAAAUAAUGAUUUGGUUUUUCAUCAUGCAACUGAUAACCAGUGUGGUGCCAUUUCGUCUGUAAUUAAACUUUAUUUCUUAUAAUUUUUCAACAUUGAAUCUAAAUUAUACACCGAUCAGACAUAACAUUAUGAACACUGACAGGUGAAGUGAAUAAGAUUGAUGAUCUCCUCAUCAUGGCACCUGUUAGUGGGUGGGAUAUAUUAGGCAGCAAGAGAACAUUUUGUCCUCAAAGUUGAUGUGUUAGAAGCAGGAAAAAUGAACAAAUGUAAGGAUUUGAGCGAGUUUGAUGAAGGACCAAAUUGUGAUGGCUAGACCACUGGAUCAGAGCAUCUCCAAAACUGCAGCUCUUGUGGAGUGUUCCUGGUCUGCAGUGGUCAGUAUCUAUCAAACUAUCUGUCAUGGGUGGUCAAGGCUCAUUGAUGCACGUGGGGAGAGAAGGCUGACCCGUGUGAUCCGAUCCAACAGACGAGCUACUGUUGCUCAAAUUGCUGAAGAAGUUAAUGCUGGUUCUGAUAGAAAGGUGUCAGAAUACACAGUGCAUGAUGGGUCAGGGCUGUUUUGGCAGCAAAAGGGGGACCAACACAAUAUUAGAUAGGUGGCCAUAAUGUUAUGCCUGAUCGGUGUACGUUUAAUCUAUAGUUUAGAUAAAAUGCUAUCUAAAGCUGUAAAGUGAAAGAGCUGUCAUAGAAAAUAUGGAAAAUGAAACGAGACAUGUUUUAUUCUUCCAAUCAUCUUUAAAAAAAAUUAAAAAAAUUGAUAAAAAGAUUUUAUUACAAGGAAUCUUUGCUGACUGAUUCUCAGUAGUGCACGUGCACUAAAAGUG